GUGACUGUUCGACGGUAACCGUGUUGUCUCUCUUUUUCCGUAUUCCUUUUUAUGUCUCUCUUGUCAGUCACGAUCAGGACAUUUGAGCAGAAACGUCAGCGAGGAGGAAAACGUCCAACCGGAAAAUGGCCGUGAUCCAUGGAAUCCUUCUCGUUAUCGUUGCUAUCUCGAACGUUCACGCACAGGAUGAUUUGACUGUAAAAGUCAACAAUCCCGACGACAAUUGUACCACCGAUAACAUCGUUAUUCUAAAUGUAUCAAGCGAAACUCAACGGGAGCAACUCGAUGCUAUGAUGGACAUAUUGGUCGAAGAUGGUACGAAAAAUGGUACAAACGUAUCUCACUUUUGGACUCCGUCAAUUGCAAAGGAUUGGGAAGAUCAGGCACCGAAACUAAAUUUCCCUAAAACGAUCUCCGAAGAACGCUUCAAAAUGGCCACUCUAAAUCUUGACCAAGCACCAUUCGUUUUUGAUUUUCUACGAAGCGUUCUCUAUCUCAUUCAUCCUUACGACGUACCAAUCGGUCUAUUGAUAGAAGCGAUAGAGAACCGUAUUACUACUUCCAAAUUAAUAUCUGAGUCGAUGCACAUCGAGGCGAUAUUCUUAGCAACAGUCGGUGUCUGCUGCAUCAUGGCCUGCAUAGUACCUGGCACAGAACUCUGGUUCGCUUGUCGUCCAAUUAGAGAGGAUUACAAACCCUGCCGGCAUCCGGAGGUCCUCGCAUUUCUUCUUGCAGCUUUUGUCUUCGUACUCGGGUCGUGCAUGGUCACCAUGAUGGUCUCCAACGAAGCCGCAAGAACUGGAAUCGAGAAACUUCCCAUGGUCGUGAAAACGGCAUUGCAGGAUCUCGAUAACUAUCAUCAAGAUACAACGACACAACUACGAAAAUGUCUCACCAGAAGUCUCGAUGUCGCAAAUGAGGCCAUACUCGCGGACUUGGACAACGUAGAAGAACUACUUGGGAAACCAGUGCAAGCAGAACUCUCUGUCGAAACGGGUCUUGAUGUAGCAUUAGAUGCUCUCAUGGAUCUAGCAAAUGCUAGUCAAGAACUAUCGAACAGAGCAGAAUCAUUACUGAAGGAAGGAGAAAGAGCACGCGACCUCGGAACGCAAUUGAAUCGAGAGACCGACGUGAUACGACGCGAUUUAGAAAGUGCCGUUAAAGCGUGCUCGGUUCAGGAUCGUCCUCUCUGCUCCGUCAUCGACCCUUCUGGCUUACGUCUCACGCUGCGCAUGGAACAAAAGCUUAUCGAGAGAAAAAGAGACAGAAAAGAAGGGAUUUUGACGGUCUCAUUCUUUAAGCUGGAAAAGAAGAAAAGAGGAUUGUGUCUUUGUCAAAAUGCCCUUCUAAGGGAUGAUCGUAUUCUACGUUUACGUGGUAGCAGCAGAGAGAAUCUCACGGAGGUUGGACGUCAAGCACGCGGAGAGUACCUCUACGUGCCUCAUUACAUCGCCAGAAGUACCUUGGAUGCGAGAAAUCAGAUUCGCCGUGAGAUCAGCGGUGCACGUGCCAGGAUUUUCCAAAAAACACGGAAUAUGGAAGCUAGUAGCACGGAACUUUCGAAACAGCUCAAAUCUGCAAGGAGUAUCGCGGAUUAUGCGAUACCCUACGUCAUCGCAUUCGAACAGAUUAGGUGGCUCGUUGGUCUCGGUACUUUUCUCUGCAUUUUACCCGUCUGGCUAUUAUUACUCGGAGCUCUUCGUUGCCAUUGUGGAUCGUCCGAGGGUAAAGUGCGACCGACCCUCUUGUGUACUGUGUUUACGAGCUCCUUCAUUUCGAUCGCUUUAUGGGCGAUAUUCGUAGCAGGAUUAGCGUUAUCUGGUCACAUGGAGAUGUUACUCUGCCGACCACUUUACGAUCCUGAAUAUCGUACGUUAGAGGCCGUUUUGGAAACCCGAACCUUCCUCGGAAGAAGAUUGAGCGUGUCUUUAAAGGAUAUGUUCGAAAAGUGUGAAAAGAACGAAGCAGCGUAUCCUGCGUUUCGACUUGAUCGUACGAUGCAAUUAGAGCAACUUACAGAACACUGGAUGUGGACUGGUUUAUCUAGGGCAAAGUCAAAAUUAAAAGUCGACUUAAAGGGUCUCAAGAUAUUAACACCUGGCUUGCAACAACGACUUCAGAAUCUUCUAUAUGCUUGUGGACCAAAUCUUACGGAACAUAGAAUUAUGAUACAAGGGCCAAUUUUAAGCAAGGAUCUAAAUGCUUUGUCCGAUCAACUGGAUAGUAUAGCCCGUCAACUUAGCGAUAGAAGCAUCGCCCGAGAUUUGCAAAUUAUCGGCUCUAACAUGAGAGACCUUACGUCGCGAAGAGUGAAGCCACUGAUGAAGCUACAAGAUAAUCUGGUUUAUCAAAUAGCCAUAUUGGAAUUACAACUGCUACCACUUCUACGACAAGUCAAUCAAUCCAUUUCGCAUUUAAAAACAAUUCAAUAUUAUAUUGAUAAUCAGGGAGAUAAAAUUGCCCAAUUGAAAGGAAAAGCAUUUACAAAUCGAUUAAAUAAUUAUUUAGAUCAAUGGAGAACUCACGUAAUAUUGGAAAUGAAUAGUGGAGUUUCAAAGUGUCAGCCAUUAUGGGAAAUAUUAAAAGGAAUGAGGCUUCUUUUGUGCAAUCACAUUUUAGGCCCUCUAGACGGAUUCUGGUUUGCUACGUUGAUAAGUGCGCUUAUUAUGAUUGUCAGUACACCAAUUGCUCAUAUUUUAUCUUUGGUAUAUCGAAGACCAUCAUUUUCGAAGAAGGAUACGUCUUUAUUAUCGAUGAGAUCAGAAAGUCCAGAAACUGUGGUGAUAGAUCGCGAGACAUGGCAAAGUCCAGAAACGACGCAAGAAGGAUGGUGACGAGCGCAGAAGGAAAUUCAAUUUUUUAAAAAUAAGGAUACGAUUGCUUCGAUUUUAAAAAUGCUGCUGACAUUAGAUAAUAUUUAUUUAUAUAUUCCUGAACCCGAC